AUGUCGAUAUCAAUUAUGAAAGAAAUUGUCCGUUCCAUCCUUCAAAUGAUUGGCAUCCAUAUGGCCUCAUGUGAAGAAUACAACAAUCAAACACUACCAGAAUCAGCUGAAUGUAGAGGGACCCCUUCAGAAUCUUACAUGGAGGAAUUCAGAAGCCGAACGCCAUCAAUCCUUUACAACUCCUUGUGCCGGCGAACCAAACAAGAAUGCUCAGUUUGCUUAGUGGAGUUUAAGCCCAAUUCAGAGAUCAAUCGGCUUUCAUGUGGUCAUGUUUUUCAUAAAUCUUGUCUUGAGAAAUGGUUAAAGUACUGGAACGUUACUUGCCCGCUUUGCAGAAAUGAUAUGAUGAUGACGAAAGAAGUGGAAGAAAACACUUGCCCAAUGUGA